AUGGCAUUUAGACUCGUCCGCCUCGGACUGCUCGCCAUUGGAGCAUACGCGCUCUUCGAUGACCCGGAAAGUUGGAGACAAUACGUCGAUGGCAGCGAUCUUCAUCAAUUCGUCACGCGUCCUGACAUAGCUGCGCCGCGGUACUCGGUGAUCAAGCAUCGCCCAGACGCAAUAUCUCCGGGUUAUUAUUUCGUAACACCGCAUGGCGCUCUGAGCAAAGCGGCACCAUAUGCCGGCGAACCACACUUUGUGCCUUGCACCAACGGCCCACACAUCUACGACGGCGACGGAGAACUUGUCUGGAGCGGCGGACCGACAUAUAAAAACCGGAACGCCUACAACUUCAGACCGCUGCGAGUGAAUGACUCCGACGUGCUCACCUUCUACGUCCCGGCCUUGCAUGCCCCGAGCGGCCCCGGGAAUGUCAUUGAGCGGACGGGGUUCGUCCUCAACAACCGCUACGAGGAACUCAGCCUGACCACUGUUGAUCCUAAAUACAUCCUCGACGCGCACGAAUUCUACCUGCAGCCCGAUGGCAAGUCGACGUUGCUCACCACGCGCAAAAUCGCGAACGCAGAGGGCUCGGGCAUCAAUCAGACCCUGCGACAAGUCUUGUACGCCGGCUUCCAGGAAAUCGACACCGCUUCCAACAAGGUCCUCUUCGAAUGGAAUCCCAAUCCAUCUACCGGGAUACGCGUGAAUGAGAGUUGCGAUGUGACGAACAAAUUCAGCACUGAGGAGAAGCUCUGGGACUUCUUCCACAUCAAUUCCGUAGACAAGUUUGCCAAUGGCGAUUACCUCAUCUCUUCCCGCCACAUGAGCGCCGUGUAUCGGAUCUCGGGGCGCGAUGGAAAGGUCGUCUGGACACUAGGCGGGUGUUUCAAUCAGUCCGAUUUCCGUAUGGCCGACGAUGUACCCUUCUUUUGGCAGCACGACGCGCGUAUCCUGGUCGAAGACGGAGACCAAAUCAUCCUAUCGGUGUUUGACAACGCCAGCGAUAUCAACGAUUUGGGCGAGCCUACGGGGCAUAACCCCCCGAUCGGCAAGAUCCUUGCAUUGGAUAUGGCCAGUCACCCCAUGAGUGCCAAGUUGAUCCGACGAUUCGAUCGACCCGACAAAGGCCAAACCCCGGCCGAGGGCGGCAUGCGGUUACUAGGCCCCAUCACAAGCGUAGAGGAUGUGAUGUCCGCCCAUGUGUUGGUGAAUUGGGCGUUUGAGGGCUACAUGAGCGAGUACGACGCCAACGACAACCUGCUCCUCGAAGCGCGCUUCCUCUCAGACCGCAAAAGGACCUACCGCGCCUACAAAGCCCCCUUCAAAGCCUACCCAACCGAACCCCCCAUUCUCAAAGUCCUCCCAAUCCCCUCCGCAUCAUCCCCCUCCCAACUCGCCUCCGCCUUCUACGUAAGCUGGAACGGCGCCACAGAAGUCACGCACUGGCGCUUCCACGGCAGCGCAAACAACGUCCCCACGUCCUUCACCCCCCUAGCCAACACCAGUAGACGCGGCUUCGAAACCUCCCUCCUCAUACCACAAUCCAUCCCCUUCGCGUACGCCGAAGCAUUAGACGUCCACGGUCAAGUAAUCGGUACCUCAGACGUCGUCAGCAUCGCCUCGACUCCAGGUGGCGGGGAGCACCCCAGCUCCUCCGCCGCGGCCACAGCAGGGGAAGAAGAAUUCCACUCCGCGCCUGCAGGCGGCAUCCUCCGACUAGGAAGACCCGAGGGCCCGCUGCAGGGUGUCGCCUUGCUUAUCGUAUUGGCUUUUGCAGUUUACGGCUUUGGCGUGGCGGGGUUGAGGGUGCGGAGUGCGGUGCGCAGCGCGAGGCGGAGUAAAGGGGGCAGAGCGGCGCAGGAGUACAUGGAUGUACCGCUGGAGGAUGUUUCUGAGCGGAUGUGA